GGUUGUCAACAUGAGGUAGAGGUGAAUUUCACUGCUACAUGUGAUACACGGAUGCUGACUACUGGCAGAAUCUUUGUGGGGUGCUAUCGAACACUUUUGACGGUCUAGUGAUGCAACAAAAAAGGCAUUCGGGUAUGAGUAAUGCAAUUUAGGUAGAAUCGAGCUUCGAGUCAUUCAGGAAAAGAACCACAUAUUACGAUUGUCAGGGUCUCCAUAUCUGCAUACAAUGACCAUAACGAGAUGCAAGAUAGACAAUAUCAGUCGCUAUGUUCAGACGGUGGACAAUCUCACGCAAAAAAGCCUUCUCUUUUGCACCCGCCGUCCCGGUUACCUGCAAUGAUAAGUGCGGUAUAAGGAAAGCACUCUUUGUCCACGUCAGCCAUAGCCUUCCAGCAAUUCUCGGGUGUCGUCUAAAGACCUUGUCUCUAGGAAUCACGAGCGAUCUGAGCGAGGAUCAAAACGAGGAGCUUGGAGUGGUCGAGUGGCGUGCUUUGUACUCUGAAGGAAAGUAUGAAUUAGUGACGCGACAAUAUGGUGUGAGAACAAGAAAGGAAUUAUGCGUAAUGAUGGAUGGAACAAGGAGGGCUCCCAAGGGCGUAAAUUGAUACCCUAGAUUUAAAAAGAAAAAUCGUCAAGCAUCGCACACAAAGCUGUUAUCUCAAGAAGAUCUGUCACAGAUUCACAGAUAGGAUUUCUUCCCCCUUUCGGUGCUCAACAUGUGGAUCAUGAGAGGACGACAAUGGGUUCUCGAAAGAGACGCGAGGCAGGUCGAAGGAAGGUGCCAAGCGGGGUGAUCUCUUGAUUUUCUUUUGUCUCUAGCGUCACGGGUACGAGGGAGUGCCUGAAAGGAUAACACUGCUUUAUGACCCUGAACGCCUAUGCGAGAAAAAUGUUUCCAUUCUCCUUGAUUAGAUAUUGACUCUUCGAAAGCACACAGAAGCUGGGGCAUCAACGAUCAAAUGGGGUCAUAAACAAGAGAAGUGAGUGAGACGCUGAUGGUUGAAUAUUCUCCGAGGUCAAGGUGGGUAUAAUCUGGGUUAUCGCGUCAGCGUUCAAGGGCCGAUCGUCAAAAGGAAACAAAGGAUCAAGGUUUAGCAUACACACGAGCAUUGGAAAUCAGAUCGACAGCGUAUCCUGCAGUCGGGCCCACAACUACCAACGAAGGCUGAACAAAAGAAUAAGAAAAGAACUUGACCAACACGCGCCGACGGCCGUCAUGCGCAACCCGACUUGCACGAUGCAUAUUGUAUCUGGAGCCAUGUCCAGAUACAAAACUCCUGACGGAGUGAUGAGUUCUCUCGAAUAGUCGCGCGCAAGCUCGACAGACAAAGGG